AUGUCAGCUCCCUCAGCUGAUGAAGUUCUGGGUCUUUGUCAUAACUUGGUUUAUCAGGUCGCUUACGCGUUCUACGAUGCGCCUUAUAUCAUCCUCUUGCGGUUGAUGGUACAUUUGGGAGUAAGUACGGAGAAACGACUAGCGGAGAUAUGUCAGCUUUCCCCUCAAGAACUGAGGAAAUAUAUGGGAAUGUUGCUUGUUCACAGACUGGUGAAACGUCAUGUGGGCAAAGAAAAAGCUCCUGUCGAUCAUCGUCGUACCGAUUUCGAUCCAGAAGAGAAAAUGCGAAUACGCGAUGUCAUCUACUGGUAUCUAGACUACCGAGAGUUCGCCAAUGUCACAAAGUACCGUCUAGCGGUAAUGCGUCGAUCUAUCGAUGAUAAAGUCAAGAACGAAGUCGGUGUCAGAGGAUACCUCUGUACAUCUUGUGGUCGAACUUAUGAUCCGCUUGAUUUAGGUCAUCUUUUUGACCCCCAAACCAACGUUUUUCGUUGUGAAACUUGUUCAGAGGAGUUGGUGGAACAUGAUCCAAGUCAAGAUGACACAACUGGUGACAAAGUCGAUAGGAUGGGACAAUUUAAUCUCGCCACCGCGCCCAUAAGAGAUGCCUUAAAAUCUCUAGAGGGUAUGACUUUGCCGAGUGUCAAUAUAGUGGCGUGGAUGGCGCAGAAUGUAAAAAGCGAUUUACCUGUGCAGGCUACAGAGGGGAGAGAGGAAGAAAAGAAAGUGCAGAUUGUGCUUGGCUCGGGUGGAGAAAGGGAGAGAUUAGAAGCGGAGAGAGCUGCCGAGGCACAACGGGUACAAACCUCUUUGCCUGUUUGGCAUACACAGUCCACUAUUACCGGCCAAUCCACCUCUCUUGGUUUAGCCGCAGAGCGUAAAGCGUCUGGACCUCAUCUCGCCGUCUCCAGGAAUACCGAUGGAGGGGUGGAUGACCUCGAGGAACAUUACGCUAACUUGGCCGGGGCGAGUGGAGAAUCUUUUCCUCUGGUCAAGCAAGAAGAAGAGGAUGAGGACGAGGACGACUUCCUUCCAUCGAGUCAGCCUGGAGAGCCGGAUGAAGGCGGACCAAGUGGAGAGGAUCAAGCAAAGAUGAUUAUGGUCAAAGGCGUGCCCAAGCCUUUGGGUGAGAUCACGGAAGAGGACGAGGCGCACAUGACACCGGAAGAAUACCAAGUGGGUCGUCAUCUUUAUAAAUGUCAUCAACUGAUAAUCAGGCAUACUACGAAGCAAUAUCCUAACAUCCCACAUGCAUAUAUAUAA